AUGGCAGCAAAGGCAAUUCGAGAAGCAACUGGGAAAGAUUUGAUGAAUCGCAAUCUUCCUAUUGGAACAAAAGCAGCAAAAUGUAGAUUUGUAUCUAUUACGGAAAAUUCAAACUGGAUCGAUAUUGUUAAUAAACAUCCAUGGUUAAAAACAGAAAGAUUAGUUGUUAAACCAGAUCAAUUAAUCAAGCGUCGGGGAAAACUUGGAUUAAUUAAAGUAAACGCAGAUUUAUCUACGGUACAAAAAUGGAUUGAACAACAUAUGAAUAAAGAGCAACGCAUUGGCAAAGCAAUUGGAAAAUUAAAAACAUUUAUAAUUGAACCGUUUGUACCACAUAAAUCGGAAGAAGAAGCUUAUAUCUGUAUCUAUUCUCAUCGCAAAGCUGAUACAAUAUUAUUUCAUCAUCAAGGUGGUGUUGAUGUCGGUGAUGUUGAUGUUAAAGCUUUGAAAUUAGACAUACCGGUUGGUAGCGAAAUACCUCAUCGGUCUACAUUGAUUAAUAAACUUUUAAUAAAUGUGAUGGAUGAUAAAAAAGUAGUGAUUGCUGAAUUUAUAGAAUCUCUUUAUAAACUCUAUAUUAAUUUAUAUUUUACAUAUUUGGAGAUCAAUCCAUUGGUAAUAACGGAUACUGCGAUUUAUAUUCUUGAUCUUGCGGCUAAGCUAGACACUACGGCAGAUUUCAUAUGUAAACCAGAUUGGGGAGAAAUUGAUUAUCCACCACCAUUUGGAAGAGAUGCUUAUCCAGAAGAAGCCUAUAUAACUGAUUUGGAUGCUAAGUCUGGUGCCAGUUUAAAGUUGACAAUUCUUAAUCCAGAUGGUCGCAUAUGGACAAUGGUUGCUGGUGGUGGUGCAUCUGUAAUAUAUUCAGAUACAAUUUGUGACUUAGGAGCGGCCAAUGAAUUGGCCAAUUAUGGUGAAUAUUCUGGUGCACCUAGUGAACAACAAACUUAUGAAUAUGCAAAAACCAUAUUAAGUUUGAUGACUAAAACAAAGCGUUCUGAUGGAAAAGUACUUAUUAUAGGAGGAGGAAUUGCUAAUUUCACAAAUGUAGCUGCAACAUUUAAAGGCAUUGUUAAAGCUCUUCAAGAAUAUCAGCCUAAACUAGUAGAAUAUGAUAUAAGAAUUUUUGUAAGAAGAGCAGGACCUAAUUAUCAAGAGGGUUUAAGGAUAAUACGAGAAGUUGGUAGACGUUUAGGAAUUCCUGUUCAUGUAUUUGGUCCUGAAACACAUAUGACGGCUAUAUGUGCUAUGGCGUUGGGGAAAAAACCAAUUCCUGACCCAGAAGCUCAAGAAUUCUCAACUGCAAAUUUUCUUUUACCUUCCGGCCAAGAUGUUGGGCCACAUAUAUCAUCUAAAAAUAACUCACAUUCGCUAUUAGAACAACUUAAACUGAAAAAUGAUGCAAUCGAUUCAGAUAAUGACAACAGACAACUUUUCAGCAAUAAUACAAGAUCUAUUAUUUGGGGAAUGCAAACAAGAGCAGUACAGAGCAUGCUGGAUUUUGAUUUUGUUUGCCGAAGAUCCGAGCCAUCUGUCGCUGCUAUUGUUUAUCCUUUUACUGGCGAUCACAAACAAAAGUUUUAUUGGGGUCAUAAAGAAAUUCUUAUUCCUGUUUACAAACAAAUGAAAGAUGCUAUGGCUAAACAUAUGGACGCCGAUGUAAUGGUCACAUUUGCCUCUUUAAGAUCUGCUUAUGAAAGUACUAUGGAAACGUUGCAAUUUUCACAAAUCAGAACAAUUGCCAUAAUCGCGGAAGGUAUACCAGAAAAUAUGACCAGAAAAUUAAUUCUAGCGGCACAACGAAGAAAUGUGACUAUAAUUGGACCAGCAACUGUGGGAGGUGUAAAACCAGGUUGUUUUAAAAUCGGAAAUACUGGCGGAAUGAUGGAUAAUAUUCUGCACAGUAAAUUAUAUAGACCUGGCAGUGUCGCUUAUGUUUCUCGUUCUGGUGGCAUGUCAAACGAAUUAAAUAAUAUAAUCUCUAAAGCUUCUAAUGGAGUAUUAGAAGGUAUUGCAAUUGGAGGAGAUCGAUAUCCAGGAACUACUUUUAUGGAUCACAUAAUGCGUUAUCAAAAUAAUCCUGAUGCAAAACUGAUUGUAUUACUUGGAGAAGUCGGUGGUAUUGAAGAGUAUGAAGUAUGUGAAGCAUUGAAAACAGGCAGAAUUACAAAGCCGUUGAUAGCUUGGUGUAUUGGUACCUGCGCCAGUAUGUUCAAUUCUGAAGUGCAGUUUGGUCAUGCUGGUUCUAUUGCACAUUCUAAUCUUGAAACAGCUUCUGCAAAAAAUACAGCAUUGAAGACUGCUGGUGCAUAUGUACCAAAUAGUUUUGACAAUCUUGGUGAAAUCAUACAAACUGUUUAUGAACAAUUAGUAAAAGAUGGUACAAUAAUACCAGAACCUGAAGUUCCAGUUCCAACAGUACCAAUGGAUUAUGGAUGGGCUAGAGAACUUGGUUUAAUUCGUAAACCUGCAUCAUUUAUGACAUCCAUUUGUGAUGAACGUGGGCAAGAAUUAUUGUAUGCUGGUAUGCCUGUAACCGAGGUUCUGAAACAAAAUGUAGGUAUCGGUGGUGUUGUCUCGCUUCUGUGGUUUCAACGUUGCUUGCCAUCAACCUACUGUAAAUUUCUUGAAAUGUCGCUGAUGCUCACAGCAGAUCAUGGCCCAGCUGUUUCUGGUGCUCAUAACACUAUUGUUUGUGCACGUGCUGGAAAAGAUCUGGUUAGCUCUCUUGUUUCUGGACUUCUCACAAUUGGAGAUCGUUUUGGUGGUGCCUUGGAUGGUGCAGCUCGUAUGUUUUCUGAGGCAUAUGAUGCCGGUUUACAUCCACAAGAAUUUGUAAAUAAUACACGUAAGAAGGGCGAGUUGAUUAUGGGUAUUGGCCAUCGUGUUAAGUCGAUCAAUAAUCCAGAUAUGCGUGUAAAACUUAUCAAGGAAUUUGUGUUAGAGAAUUUUCCAGCAAAACCUUUAGUUGAAUAUGCCUUAGAAGUUGAAAAAAUAACAACCAGCAAAAAACCUAAUUUAAUUCUUAAUGUGGAUGGUAUUAUUGCUUGCGCCUUCGUCGAUAUGUUGCGAAACAGUGGUAGUUUUACGAGAGAAGAAGCACAAGAAUAUAUUGAAAUAGGUGCCAUAAAUAGCUUAUUUGUCCUUGGUCGAAGUAUAGGAUUUAUUGGUCAUUAUAUGGAUCAGAAAAGAUUAAAGCAAGGUCUUUAUCGUCAUCCUUGGGAUGAUAUUUCCUAUGUACUACCCGAACAAUAUAAUUGAUUAUAAUAUAUAAUAUUUAAUAAUAUAAUGCCUCAUCAUUAAUUGUUGUGGCUGAAGAUCGUCUAAAGAUAAAUAUGAAAUAUAGAAAAGGAUUGAUUAUCGA